AUGGGAAAUCAGCAGAUUCGUUAUCCGGGCAAGCGUGGCUGCGGUGGUGGCCACAAAAACCAGCAUGAUGCAGCCCAUGUCCGAGUAGUUGGCGCAGCGAAUGCACAUGAAGAUUGGCGCUUUGUACGACCACGAGACCUCGUAGUGCACCGGGUUGGGGCAGUACUGUCCAAAGGUCAGUUGACGCACAACAAAACGGUCAUGAAAGGCGUUGCAAACUCGAUUCGAAGAGCUGUUGGUGUGACAAGAGCCUUCAAGGACAAUUUGGUCGAGGCAGAAAAUAAAAGGCAUGAAACAAUUUUUGAAGAACUUCAUGUUCGAAGAACCCUAAAUUUAGGAGGCCUGGAUAUUCCCCUCGUUGAGGGGGAACUGAAAACGGUUGAAAGGAUUUUCUUGAAGGCUGCGGCUAACGGAGAUGCAACAAGUGUCAAGAGGUUAAUUGAAAAUGCCAAAAGCUACCAGCUAAAUGUCAAUUGCGUAGACACAAUGGGACGAGGAGUGCUACGAAUAGCAAUUGAAGCAGAGCACAUCGAACUUCUGCAAAUGCUGUUGGGCUAUGAACAGAUCGAGCUGAGGGACUCUCUCCUUCAUGCCAUAAACGAGGAGGAUGUCCAGGCUGUUGAGCUCAUUUUACAAGCUCAGAGCGAGCGGUCACAUAAGAAGAACCUACGGGGUCUUCUGGGUCACAUCCAAUCCUCCACCUUCACUCCCGACAUAACGCCGCUCAUUCUGGCAGCGCAUCGAGACAAUUACAUAAUCGUCAAACUGCUGCUUGAUCGGGGCAACCAGAUUGCAAAGCCGCACGAACCGCGUUGUGCCUGCAAUGCUUGUGUACAAGCCAAUAGGGAGGACAGCCUCCAGUAUUCGAAGCACCGCAUCAACGCAUACCGGGCUCUUGCCAGUCCCUGUUUCAUCUCCCUUUCCAGCAAUGAUCCUAUUCUCACGGCCUUUGAGCUGAGUGCGGAGCUAAAGCGCCUGGGAGCCUUAGAAAAUGAAUUUAAGGAGGACUACGAACAACUAUCAAUGAAAUGUCAAGAGUUCGCCACCGCGCUGUUGGAGCAGACACGGGGUUCUGCUGAAUUGGCCAUUGUUCUGAAUUAUCACACAGGAUCGUGUGAUGGGUACGAGGAGGAUGCUAUAUACAUGCCUUGUGGAGCUGACGGGCAGCGUAUGAAGUUAUCACGUCUCAAGUUGGCCAUCAAAUAUAAGCAGAAAAAGUUUGUGGCCCACCCACAUUGCCAGCAGCUUCUAGCAUCUCUCUGGUAUGACGGCCUACCGGGCUUUCGCAGGAAACACUUAGGCGUGCAGGUUGGGACGAUAAGCGUAAUCUGCCUGUUAUUUCCCGUCCUCUGCACCUCGUACUUGAUUGCACCAGAAAGCCGCGUCGGAAACAUGUUGAAUAAGCCCUUUAUCAAGUUCCUCUGUCAGAGCAGUGCGUAUGUGUCCUUUCUUGGUAAGUUAUAA